GCUCGGAUUUGUUUGCUUGAGGCAACAGCACACUUUAUAAAUUACUUAAAAAACAAUGUCCAAUAAUGUAUCCGCUUAGCUCACAAAAACGUUCCUGGACUUUCGCAAACGAGGGUCAGUUGCAAGCAUUCCGGGUGGAGCAAAACACCAAGUACAUAGAAGAACAUGAGACUGAAGCACCAUCGUCGGGCAGCCUCGAAAACUUCUUUCUGACGCCGGCUGAGGAGCGACUGCUGCUGAAACAGUAUGAAAUUUAUUUGGUUGACUUUUGCCGACGUUUUGAUCCGCCAAUGCCAAAAUGCGUAAUUGGAACUGCAUUUCAUUACUUCAAGCGUUUUUACUUAAACAAUACGCCCAUGGACUAUCAUCCCAAGGAAAUAUUAGCUACAUGUGUGUUUGUUGCCUGCAAGGUGGAGGAAUUUAAUGUAUCAAUCAACCAGUUUGUAAACAAUAUAAAAGGCGAUCGCAAUAAAGCCACCGACAUUGUCCUCUCGAAUGAGCUACUGUUAAUUGGCCAACUAAACUAUUACCUCACAAUACACAAUCCGUUCCGCCCGAUUGAGGGUUUUCUAAUAGAUAUCAAGACUCGCAGCAAUAUGCAAAAUCCAGAUCGUUUGCGUCCGCAAAUAGAUAGUUUCAUCGAUUCAACGUUCUUCACGGACGCCUGCCUGCUGCACACUCCUUCGCAAAUUGGCCUGGCUGCAGUGCUGCAUGCGGCCAGUAAGGAGCAGGAGAAUCUAGAUAGUUAUGUCACAGACUUACUCUUUGUGUCUGCGCGAGAGAAGCUCCCGGGUCUAAUUGAUGCAGUGCGCAAAAUACGUAUGCUGGUCAAAAACUAUCAGCCGCCUGAUCGCGAAAAAGUUAAGGCCAUUGAAAAAAAAUUAGACAAGUGUCGCAAUCAAAAUAACAAUCCCGACAGCGAACUAUAUAAGGAGCGUUUGCGACGUUUAUACACCGAUGAGGAUGACAUGCCCGCCGAGGAUGCUUCUUUUCACAUAGCCGAUGUCAGUUCGGAUACCUCCGCCAUGAAUAUUAGCCAAUAAAACUUGUUAAUCGACAGUUAUUAUCAGUAAAAAUUUAUACGUUUGAAUAAAUUUUACACAAAAUUA